CAGAAAACAGAAACCCUGCUCAGCUGAGACUUCCUCAAGGGAGGUAUUUCCCUCCUCCUUGUGACAGAAUGCUCGGCGAGGGGUGUGGCUGGUCUGCAGCUUAUAAACCCUCAUAGGCAGCCACAGGUGUGUGCUGAUCACAAUGGGGAUGCUGGUGCCUACCGCUCUUGCUGCGUGGCUGCUGAGCCUGUUCCAGCAGCAGCUAGACUCCCUCUGGAGUGGCUUCCUCAUCCUGUUCUGCUGGCUGAGAGUAGCGCUGUGGUGGCUAGGUCCUGGAAAGGGACGGCCACACGUCCAGGGUGAGCCUGGGGAGACCCAGGAAGAACAGGACAGUGCUCAGCCCACAACCCCCGUUAGUGUCAAUUACCACUUCACUCGUCAGUGCAACUACAAAUGCGGCUUCUGCUUCCACACAGCCAAGACAUCCUUCGUGCUGCCCCUGGAGGAGGCCAAGCGAGGACUGCUUCUGCUCAAACAGGCCGGUAUGGAGAAGAUCAACUUUUCAGGAGGAGAACCCUUCCUGCAGGACAAGGGUGAAUAUGUGGGCAAGCUUGUGAGGUUCUGCAAGGAGGAGCUAGCCCUGCCCUCUGUGAGCAUAGUGAGCAAUGGCAGCCUUAUCCGGGAGAAGUGGUUCAAGGACUAUGGAGAGUAUUUGGAUAUUCUCGCUAUCUCCUGUGACAGUUUUGAUGAGCAGGUUAAUGUCCUCAUUGGCCGUGGUCAAGGAAAAAAGAACCAUGUGGAAAACCUUCAAAAGCUGAGGAAGUGGUGCUGGGAUUACAAGGUGGCUUUCAAGAUCAAUUCUGUCAUUAAUCGCUUCAAUGUGGACGAAGACAUGAAUGAGCACAUCAGGGCUCUGGGUCCUGUCCGCUGGAAGGUUUUCCAGUGCCUCCUAAUUGAGGGUGAGAACUCGGGAGAAGAUGCCCUGAGGGAAGCAGAAAGAUUUCUUAUAAGUGAUGAAGAAUUUGAAGCAUUCUUAGAGCGUCACAAAGAGGUGUCCUGCUUGGUGCCUGAGUCUAACCAGAAGAUGAAAGACUCCUACCUUAUUCUGGAUGAAUAUAUGCGCUUUCUGAACUGUACCGGCGGCCGGAAGGACCCUUCCAAGUCCAUCCUGGAUGUCGGGGUGGAGGAAGCGAUAAAAUUCAGUGGAUUUGAUGAAAAGAUGUUUCUGAAGCGCGGAGGGAAGUAUGUCUGGAGCAAGGCUGACCUGAAGCUGGACUGGUGAGGCGGAGGCGAGAGGGAGCCCCUGAGCAGCUACGGGGAGGCCCAGGGGCAGCUGUCCUCCACCUCCCUGCAUCUUCUGUCUGUCUAAGGAUUGCUGUUAUGGAGAAGGCAGUCUGGUUUUU